AACCAACAACCACAUCACAACCAAUGACACGAACGCUCGAAGGCGGUCUUCAGAAGCCGACCGGCAAGAAAAUGUUUCGAGAAGAGCCGGACCUAUUCCACGCGUUCUCAUUCGGAGCGGCAUGAACCGGAAUGCGAUGACGAAUAUAAUAAAGCAGCAGUCACACCACGGACGACCAUUCCAGCAAAUUGGGAUUGUGCCGCAUUAUCCACUUCUGGGAGCUGAAAAUAUCGUAAUGCUCUGAAUCUCAACAAUUCUUCCUCCCAUCAACCAGCCCUUUGCUUUUCAUUUGAUAUCAUGGUCUCAGCGCUCCCCUAUUCUUCACAAAGCGAUCCGACCCAACAGGAAGGUAUUCCAGAAGACACGGACUGGAGCGAAUCGGAACCCGACGUAACACGAAGAUCCUUCAGACAUCAUCAGCGUCACACAAACCCAGCCGACAACUUCGAAGAUCUUGCCUCACAAUUUGCAUGGGACGGAACAUAUGCCGAUCCAGAUAGCUUGAGCACUCAUCACGAAGCAAGAUUUGCUACCGGCCAGACAGUCCCGUAUCGGCGCGGUCACCUGGAGGGUUUCGCAGAUCCUUCACGGCACAGAAGUCCCCCGAAUCGGAAUCCCCCGCCUCCCGGUCUCAACGACCCUCAAGGGUUCGGUCAACAGCCUCAGGUCCCAGGAAUGAACUACCACGGAGUUCCUCCUCCACCACCACCUCCUCAUCCUGGAGUAUAUCCAAUGCAUGCGCCUCCAAUGCCGCACUAUACUCCAGCACCUCGUACUACUGGUUGGAGAAAUUCGAUGGGCGGGCCUCGUCCUAUGGGGCCACCGCCAUCUACAUAUCCUCAACCGAUCGAGCCUUAUGGUCCUUACUAUGCACCAUAUCAAGGACCAGCCCCUCUCCAUCCGUACGCUGCUACACCUCGCAGUCAUGCUAAUUAUACUGGUCCUCGCCCUCAGACUACUUUUCCCCGUCAACGCAAGGAUCAUUACCCCCAGUACCCCGCACCGCCAGAGCCAGUUGAGGAAUAUUACGCAGAAGCAAGCGCGCCCAAACCGAAGAAGCAGCCUAAGCUAAGGCAGGAGAAACCACCCAAACGAACGAUCAGAGAUGAUGAGAUAGAAGAGAUGAAGAGGGGAAUGGAAGAUCUGGCAUUCAGGCAACAGCAAGUGCAUGAUGGUUUGAAAGCUCGAGAAAGACGCGAAAGGAAAAAAGCAUCAGAAGCAGCUUUGAAAGCCUCUUUGGUCAAAGAGGUGACAAAGACUGUACGAAAAGAGUUCCAGAACGGUGCCAAUGCUCAGCUGAGAGACAUUGACAUGCGCUCAGAGUCCAGCAGGCGAAUGCUCCGCUCCGAUAUUGGCUCUAGGGGGUUUUCCACGCCUGUUCCAUCAGUCUACGAUGACCACGAGACUGGCUCCAUUAUACAAGCUACUGUCAUGGAAACCUUGAGGGCGGUAAAUGGACAGUCGCGGUCAGAUCUUGGAGGCUUUCAAGCUCCUCGUAGACCAUCUCAUCGACGAGCUGCGUCGGAAGUUCCUUACUCGGGCGGCGGUUAUCCACCACCACCAAGAGACAGGGAUACUGCCGCUACUACCAAUCCCUUCAUGCCAAACCAAACGAACUAUGGUCAAGCUCCUUACCAGGGACUCGAUCCGCAACAAAGACAAGCCCAGCGAUCCGAAGCCUAUUGGACCGGAAGAGUAAGGAAAUCUCGAACGAGGAGUGAAAACCACUCCGGGCAGCAACUUCAAGGGGAUACGAAUGUGCCACUUCAUGGUAGCCUGUCUCCCGGUGACAGCGGCUAUGCUUCACCGGAACCGCUGAGAUCGGAAAGACCACACGGUCAAUUAAGGGCACGAAAGGUUUCAUUUCGAGAUAGUGACGGAGUAUCCCGACCCAGACGUGAGGACGUUCGAAGUGAAGAAGUAGUCGACUGGUCAGAAGAUGAUAUCGAGGUGCCAGAGCACCGCCAAAGACGAACGAGAACAUACAGGACUGUGGCGCCUGGGCAUCCGAACUUCACAAUCGAAGUAAGGGAGCCACCGCCAACAGCGCCAGAGGUUGGCCACUUCUAAGAAGGGGAGGGCUGUAAUUGCUUUCUUUAAAAGGGGGGGGGGGGGGUGAUAUUUUAAAACUAUUACCAGGAAG